CAGGAUCACAGACAACGCGACCUGCAACGGCGCCAGCUUGCUCCAGCAGCAAUAACAACAAUAAUAAUGCCACCAGCAGCACCAGCUUUUACAGGGUCAACCUGAGCAACACGAACAGCAGCAGCAUCAACAACAACACCAGCUGCAGCAGCAGCAACUCGAACCAGGCCAGCAACAACAAUCACCAUGAGAGCAACAGCAACAGCACCUUGGUGGUCAACACCAGCAGCACUGCAGCGGCAGGAGCAACUGCAUCAUCGGCCAGCGCCAACAACAAUCACAUCUAUGUGAACCCGCACAGCUACGACAGCAGCACCACCGGCAGCGUGAGUGGUUCCACGGCAGUGAUGCUGCCACUGCCACUGUCCCUGCCACUGAGUCUGCCGCUCAACCUGCAACACCAGCCAUCAGCAGCAGCUGGAUCGGGAUCAGGAUCAGGAUCGGGAUCAGGAUCGGGAGCCACAGGAGCAGCAACACUCGACGCGCAGCAGACACAUCCGUUGGGCGGCAGCAAUACGGGUGCCAUCAGUCGCAUUGGAACCCUGACCGGAACUGGCACCUCCACAUCCACCACCCUAAGCACCCUGAAUACAUAUCUGUUUCCCUGUGGCGCCGACUCCGCCAGCAGCUGCGAUCUGGACAGCAACUUCAGCCAGAUGCUGGGAGCCGGCAGCGAGGGUGGCGCUAGCAGUUCCCUCAGCCAGACGACGGCGCCCGCGGGUGCGGCUGCAGGAUUGGGAUUGGGCGUGCAGCUGGGACUGGGCUUCAUCAACAGUCGGCGGCGCAUCAGGCGGCUGUUUGGUGUGGGAGACAUGGUGCCGCCGGUGGCCACGCCCACACCGUAUGCAGCCGCCCUCAGACGGCGCAGUUCGCAGUUGGUGCAAAUGACCAAGAAGCGGGAGAAAGAACUGGAGGAUCUGGAGCAGCAGCAGCGAAUAGCCACGGUGGCCUCGGCGAAUGCCGCCUUCCUGGAGCGCCGCGAGCAGCAGCAACAGCAGCAGCAGCAACAACAUCUGCAACAGACGCAGCAGCAGCAGCAGCAACAUCUGCAGUUCGCCUUUAAUCCCUUGCAACCGGAGGCUGGGAAAAAGAAGAAAAAGAAGCCACCUGGACCGCCGGCGCACACGAGACAGCAAUCGUCGCGCACCAUGGACGAUCCCAUGAUGAAUCGACCCAGGAAGAGCACACCAGCGGCCAGCAAGAAGAAGGACAAGGGACCGGAGAACCCCUAUGAGAAGUCUUUGCCCAAAUUGAGCAGUCAAGACGAAGAAGGGGGGGCUGGUCAUGGCUUUGGUGGCGGACCGCAACACUUUGAACCCAUUCCUCACGAUCAUGAUUUCUGCGAAAGAGUCGUUAUAAAUGUAAGCGGAUUAAGGUUUGAGACACAACUACGUACGUUAAAUCAAUUCCCGGACACGCUGCUUGGGGAUCCAGCUCGGAGAUUACGGUACUUUGACCCGCUUAGAAAUGAAUAUUUUUUUGACCGUAGUCGACCGAGCUUCGAUGCGAUUUUAUACUAUUAUCAGAGUGGUGGCCGACUACGGAGACCGGUCAAUGUCCCUUUAGACGUAUUUAGUGAAGAAAUAAAAUUUUAUGAAUUAGGUGAUCAAGCAAUUAAUAAAUUCAGAGAGGAUGAAGGCUUUAUUAAAGAGGAAGAAAGACCAUUACCCGAUAAUGAGAAGCAGAGAAAGGUCUGGCUGCUCUUCGAGUAUCCAGAGAGUUCGCAAGCCGCCAGAGUUGUAGCCAUAAUUAGUGUAUUUGUUAUAUUGCUAUCAAUUGUUAUAUUUUGUCUAGAAACAUUACCCGAAUUUAAGCAUUACAAGGUGUUCAAUACAACAACAAAUGGCACAAAAAUCGAGGAAGACGAGGUGCCUGACAUCACAGAUCCUUUCUUCCUUAUAGAAACGUUAUGUAUUAUUUGGUUUACAUUUGAACUAACUGUCAGGUUCCUCGCAUGUCCGAACAAAUUAAAUUUCUGCAGGGAUGUCAUGAAUGUUAUCGACAUAAUCGCCAUCAUUCCGUACUUUAUAACACUAGCGACUGUCGUUGCCGAAGAGGAGGAUACGUUAAAUCUUCCAAAAGCGCCAGUCAGUCCACAGGACAAGUCAUCGAAUCAGGCUAUGUCCUUGGCAAUAUUACGAGUGAUACGAUUAGUUCGAGUAUUUCGAAUAUUUAAGUUAUCUAGGCAUUCGAAGGGUUUACAAAUAUUAGGACGAACUCUGAAAGCCUCAAUGCGGGAAUUAGGUUUACUUAUAUUUUUCUUAUUUAUAGGCGUCGUACUCUUCUCAUCGGCGGUUUAUUUUGCGGAAGCUGGAAGCGAAAAUUCCUUCUUCAAGUCCAUACCCGAUGCAUUUUGGUGGGCGGUCGUUACCAUGACCACCGUUGGAUAUGGUGACAUGACACCCGUCGGCGUUUGGGGCAAGAUUGUGGGAUCACUUUGUGCCAUUGCUGGCGUGCUGACCAUCGCACUGCCGGUGCCGGUCAUCGUCAGCAAUUUCAACUACUUCUAUCACCGCGAAACGGAUCAGGAGGAGAUGCAGAGCCAGAACUUUAAUCACGUUACUAGUUGUCCAUAUUUGCCAGGUACAUUAGUAGGUCAACACAUGAAGAAAUCAUCGUUGUCUGAGUCCUCAUCGGAUAUGAUGGAUUUGGACGAUGGUGUCGAGUCCACGCCGGGAUUGACAGAAACGCAUCCUGGACGCAGUGCGGUGGCUCCAUUUUUGGGAGCACAGCAGCAGCAGCAGCAGCAACAACCGGUAGCAUCCUCACUGUCGAUGUCGAUCGACAAGCAGCUGCAGCAUCCACUGCAGCAGCUGACGCAGACGCAACUGUACCAACAGCAGCAACAGCAGCAGCAAAACGGGUUCAAGCAACAGCAGCAGCAACAGACGCAGCAGCAACAGCAGCUGCAGCAGCAACAGUCCCACACAAUAAACGCAAGCGCAGCAGCGGCAACCAGCGGCAGCGGCAGUAGCGGCCUCACCAUGAGGCACAAUAAUGCCCUGGCCGUUAGUAUCGAGACCGACGUUUGACUACUGGUGCAAAAGACGUUGCGUGGUAUAAUUUUGGCCUUGACAGGAGUUACGUUGGAUGCCAGAAACGACUACAAAAGCUGUUUAUAUUUAAUUUAAGUAGAACAAAUAACAAAAACAAAUUUAAUCUAUUGCUAAAUUAAAUUAAAUCUAAAUUAAAUCCUAAAUUAAUUUAAUUAAAUUAUACAUUUAAUUAUAAAGAACACAAAAACAAAAUUCAAAUCCAAGCCAGAGAAAACCAAAGAAACAAGCAAGAAAUGAACGAUAUGAGAGUUCCAAUAAAUUCGAGUAGUAAGGCAUAAACCAAAAAAACCAAAAAUUAAUGAACAUUGACAAAUAACACUACAAAACAGAAGAAGGGAUAUUAAAGCAACAGCAUCGAAGAGGUGAUGGCGGAAUUUAAUCAAAUUUGCAACAACCAAAGCUGAAUAACAACGCGAUCAAGCUGCAAGAGCAAGUGGAAACUGUAAAUAAUGCAAUAAAAUCACAAAGCUCACAUGCCAUUAGCCAUUUAGCAAGCAUAAUACUCGUACAGUGGAAAGGCUUUAGAACUCAAACUACAAACUGCAAAGGACGAACAAUGAAGCCAAGCACAGUGAAGCAAGUCCACAUAUUGAGGGAUGUCCCUUUGAAGAGCUGAAAUAAAAGAGACAGUCACCGAACAGACACACAGAUACACAGACACACACAUUAUUACACGCAUUACUAAAAAGUAUAGUAAAACUGCCGUUAUAUUUAACUGAAAAGUAACAAAGAAGAACCAUAAACUAAAGUAAAACCAACAUGUAUAGUCAUCAAGCGAAACCCGAGGCAAUAUCUGCUUUUUAAAUGUGACAGGAAAUACUAUCGUGUAACUAACUUAGACAGCAGGCCAUUUAACUGAACUACUCGAUAACUGAACUAACCAAACUAAGCAUAUACACACACACAUACCUAUAUGUGAUAGAUGUACUAUGUGUGUAACCUAAACAAUAUCGUUCGUAACACUACUCAAGACCCUUUGUUUUUUGACUAAAACUUAAGAGAUAUCCAGAACCCUCCACCUAUGCCCACCCAGCCCACUUCAAACCUCUCUAACCUGAACACAUAUUAACUAACUGAACCCAUGUCAGAUAUCAGCUAUAACUUCUGCUUCGAUCCCCCCGAAUUAAAACGAAAUAAAAAGUACAAAUAUUCAACUAAACGCAAAGCAAACGCGAAACAACUAACGCUCUCGUCAAAUAUUACGAUUGCUGAAAGGAAUUUCGAAGACAGGUAAAGGCGAAACGACUGCAAUUUAACUACAAGACCGAACGAACAUUAAUGGAAACAUCCAAUGGAGAUUGCUCGUAUUCCCCAGUCACAGAUCCGCUCAAUCACAAUAAAUAAUAUCAGAAAGCAAAAGAUAAGGUGGCGACAAGAGAUACAACAAAACCGAAAACGCUCUUAUGAUUUUUGUAAUGAAUGCAAACUAUAUAUGACAAGAAGACAAG